AUGUUACACGCUACUCUUGAUGAAAAUGAUGACCAUCCCUCUAAUAAGAAAAUAAAAACAAACACAUUUAAAGGCCAAGAAUAUUUUGAUAAUGAGUUUUUCAAUGAUUUUAGGAAAUUCUUCAAGAGCUUAAAUACGCUUUACACUUUUUUAAUAUGUAGGAAACAGGUUAUAACAACUUUUGAAAAAUUAAAAAUUCCUAUUGAAAAACAACUUAAAAGAAAAUUAAGCGAACUUGAUUUUAGCAAAGUCCAAGUGAUUUUACCAAACGAUACUUUAUUUAAAUACAUCGAUGAAAACCAAAUUUUUACAGAGGCAAAAGAAUUUGAUUUUAAAAAUGGGUUUCAACAAAAGGACAAUGAGGAUAUUUUUAAAUUAAAAAAUUCAAAUGAAAAUAGUGAUAAUUAUAGAUCAACACAAUUAUUAAUAUUUGAAUUUAUAGACGGUAAUAUGAAAAAAAAUUGGACAACAAUUUCAGAAAAUUUAAAUGAUCCAAAUAAUAAAUAUAGUCAUUUUAAUAAUUACGCCAAAAAAGUUUUCCAUUAUUCAUCAGAAGAUUUAAAAAAAAUGAUUAACAAAAGAGAAUUGCAUUUCAAUAAUAGAUUAAUUGAUUUUAUAAAUAAAUGCACUGAAAAGAAUUUAAAUCCGGAAAAUGAACUAACUUAUUUAGCAACAUCAAUGUUACCUCAAAUGAAAAACUAUGAAGAUCCAAUAGUCGCGAUGGAGAAGGCAAAAUUAUUAAGAAAUAAUAAAUUGGCAAAUUCAAAUAACGAUGAAGAUGGUGCAAUCACAAUACCAGAAAUGAUCCAAUCAUUAAAAAAUACAACUUUUUAUAAUUCACAAAUAAAGGAAGAAGUUACAAUAGAAUCAAAACAUUCGCAAUUUGAAAAUUUAAAUUUUAAUAUUUCAGAACAAGUUCUAAAUUCAUUACCACAUAAAAAAUUCUAUACGCAUCAAGCAGAUGCCAUCAAUGCCAUUAAUAAUGGAGAAAAUGUAAUAAUCACAACUUCUACUUCAUCAGGUAAGUCACUGAUUUAUCAAUUAUCAACUAUAGAUUUUUUACUUAAGAAACCAAAUUCAACAUUUUUAUAUAUUUUUCCAACAAAAGCAUUAGCUCAAGAUCAAAAAAGAGCAUUCGAAAAUUUAUUAACAACCAUUAAUGAAAAUAGCAAUAAUAGCAUACCAGAACUAAGAAAUAUUAUAAUUGACACUUAUGAUGGUGAUACCGAUCAACAAAAAAGAAAAUUCAUUAGAGACAAUGCUAGAAUCAUUUUUACUAACCCAGAUAUGAUACAUACGAGUAUCUUACCAAAUCAUCCGAAAUGGAGACCAUUUUUAUAUAAUUUAACUUUUAUUGUGGUCGAUGAAUUGCAUAUUUAUAAAAGUUUAUUUGGAUCCCAUGUGGUUUUAGUAAUGAGAAGAUUACAAAGAUUAUGUAGGGAAUAUUAUGAAAAUAAUUUUUUACAGUUUAUCUCCUGUUCAGCAACAUUAAAAAAUCCCAUUAAACAUAUGCAAGAUAUUUUUUCCAUUAAUGACGUCACUCUAAUCAAUAAUGACGGUUCAUCAACUGGUGCAAAGCAUUUAGUUAUUUGGAAUCCUCAAAUAUUAGCACAACAUGAGAGAAAAAGAGAAAGUUUUAUAAGAGAUAGUGCUAAAAUUUUAGUAGAACUAAUGUUAAAAAAUGUUAGAACUAUAGCUUUUUGUUAUGUGAGACGAGUUUGUGAAUUAUUAAUGAAGGAAGUUAGACUUAUAUUUCAAGAGAUGAAUCGAAUGGAUAUGAUAACUGAUGUAAUGUCAUAUAGAGGUGGUUAUUCUGCAUCUGAUAGACGUAAAAUCGAAAGAGAAAUGUUUCACGGAAACUUAAAAGCAGUUAUUUCUACAAAUGCAUUAGAAUUAGGUAUUGAUAUAGGUAACUUGGAUGCUGUUUUAAUGUGUGGGUUUCCUUUAUCAGUUGCAAACUUCCAUCAACAAAGUGGUAGAGCUGGCAGAAGAAAUAAAGAUUCAUUAACCUUAGUAGUAGCGUCAGAUUCACCUGUUGACCAGCAUUACGUUGCUCAUCCCGAAUCACUAAUAAAUUCUGAUGAUUUAGAUUCUUACCAGGAUUUAGUAUUGAAUUUUGACAACAUGCUAAUUCUAGAAAGUCACAUACAAUGUGCAGCAUUCGAACUUCCGAUAAAUAUUGAAAGGGAUAGUAAAUACUUUGAAGAGAAACAUUUACUAAAAAUUUGCCAUGAAAGGUUACAGAGUGACAGUGAAGGUUAUCAUACUCAUCCAAGAUUUUUACCAUGGCCAUCUUCAAAUGUAUCAUUGCGAGGUGUAGAAGAGGAUUAUUACGCUGUAAUCGAUAGGACAAACGGUAAGGAUAUUGUAAUUGAAGAAAUUGAAGCAUCUAGAACUAGUUUUACCUUGUAUGAUGGAGCUAUCCUUAUUCAUCAAGGUUAUCCAUAUUUAGUGAAAGAAUUCAACGUAGAAGAAAAAUAUGCAUCUGUAAUCAGAGUGGAUGUUGAUUGGUUAACCAGCCAAAGAGAUUUUACAGAUGUAGAUCCACAAGAAAUUGAAUUAAUACGAUCAUUAGAAAAUAGUGAUGUUCCUGUGUACUUUGGAAAAUUUUUAGUUACGAUUGUUGUAUUUGGAUACUUCAAGGUGGAUAAAUAUAACCGUAUUAUGGACUCUGUGGAAACAUAUAAUCCUCCAAUUAACAUUAGAUCCAAAGGGUUAUGGAUAGAUUUACCAUCGAGAGCACUAGAUCUUUGCGAGGCUAAAAACUUGAACAUAGCAGGUGCCAUACAUGCCGCAGAGCAUGCUAUUAUGGGAUUACUUCCAAAGUUUAUCGUAGCUGGUGUGGAUGAAAUUUCAACGGAAUGCAAAGCGCCAGAGAAAGAAUUUGCUGAACGUCAAACAAAGAGGAAAAGACCCGCAAGAUUAGUGUUUUACGAUUCUCGUGGUGGAGUUUAUGGAUCAGGAUUGUCUAUUAAAGCGUUCGAACAUAUAGACGAUAUCUUAGAAGCAAGUUUAACAAGAGUACAAGAAUGUCCAUGUGACACUGGCUGCCCUGACUGUGUUGCUGCAUCUUUUUGUAAAGAAAAGUCGUUAGUACUUUCAAAACAAGGUUGUUUGAUCUUAUUACACUGCAUAUUGGGACAUGAUACAGAUGCUUUCAUUGGGAGUAUUUUAGAUGGACCCGAAUCUAACAUGCCUGAAAUUAAAGUAGAAACUGUUGUCCCAGUUCAAGAUCAUGUAAAUUUCUCCGAAGAUUUUAAAAUUAUUGAUGUAAGAAUUAAUAAAAAUGCCAAACUUGAUGAAAUGGAAGUUAAAGUUGAAGAGGUGGGCUUUAAAGAAGAAAAAAAGGAAUUUUAA